AUGCUUAUUCUGGAUACCACUAGAAUUUUUUUCCAAGGCUUCUUUGGACGUCUUUGUUAUAUUUAUAUCCCGGCAACUGCUGAUCUUCUCCCAUCACACAUCACCCAAUUCAACCACCAAAACUGCCAACAAGUCCGAGUCCCGAACAAACCAAUGGCAUUUGAGUGCUUCUACCCAACGCUGAUAUCGCUGAAGGUGAUAUGGCUGAUCCAACGUUUGCUUGGCGUCUACCUCCAUCGAACAACAACCCCGUCGAGGACAGUGGAGUUCAUGUGGUGCGACAAGAACGUUAAGCAGAGUACCGGACAAGCGAUGGCCAACGUAUUGCAGAAGCAGUUCUCCGAGGAGAAUCAUGUUGUGGGAGAUGAUGCGGUCUUUGUCAUUCCUGACACUCAGAAGAAGGUGUUUGUUAUCAUUCGGUGA